GGUCUAGUUCCUCAUCAACGCACAUUCGAUAUAGUCUUUUUCUAUCGGAACUUGCAACUAAAUACUAAGGGGACAAUUUGCUAUAAAACAAAUAAUAUUUAUAGUUUCAUGCAAUUGUGUUUGAACUAUUUAUCAUUUCUAAAUAUUUGUCUCAUGUUGAAUGUACUGACAAUGAAACCGGAUUUGUUGCGACACGUCACUGAAUUCCAUCAGCUACGGAAGCGGUGCCGUGUCGAGAUCUACAACACCGUUGAUCAAGGGUUUAGUGUCUUCAGAAUGGGUGGGUGGUUUUCCAGUCUCUUCUCUGGCCUGUUUGGUACCAGAGAGAUGAGGAUCCUGAUCCUGGGGUUGGACGGAGCCGGUAAAACUACCAUCCUGUACCGCCUGCAGGUCGGAGAGGUGGUCACCACCAUUCCAACGAUCGGCUUCAACGUGGAGACGGUGACGUACAAGAACCUGAAGUUCCAGGUAUGGGAUCUUGGUGGACAGACGAGUAUCAGGCCAUACUGGCGUUGUUAUUACUCCAACACAGAUGCUGUCAUCUACGUGGUGGACAGCAGUGACAGAGACAGGAUGGGCAUCUCUAAGUCUGAGCUUGUCACCAUGCUGGAGGAAGAGGAGUUGAAGAAAGCCAUCCUGGUGGUGUUUGCAAACAAGCAGGACAUGGAACAGGCCAUGACCCCGGCUGAGGUGGCCAACUCCCUGGGCCUCCCCGCCCUCAAAGACCGGAAGUGGCAGAUCUUCAAGACCUCCGCCACCAAGGGCACGGGCCUGGACGAGUCCAUGGAGUGGCUGGUGGAAGCCCUGAAGAGCAGGCAGUAAAGACAACCCACACCUCUUGUUCUCUGUAAAUACUCCUGACCUCCUGUAUAAAAUACUUCCUGAUUGGACCGCUCAGGAGGACCAGUGACUGCACUCCUUCCAGGGGCACGUUCAUAGAAAUGUCAUGAAUAGAGCUGAUGUGAUUCCUUACUCUACAUGUCACAUGUUCUACACGAAGGUUCCAAAACGUUGUGCCCUGCUGAACACAACCCCGCCCCAUCCCUGAAGCCUUCACCAUGCCUAGCCCCUCCAUGCCUUCCAGCCUGGGAUAGAGGCUGCAAUAUAGUAUAUUACCUUGUCCCAAAACACUGAUCACCCCAGCCCAUAGCCCUGUGGUGUUUGCAGAUCUGAAGGGGACCAAGUAAUGUGGUGAUGGCUCCACAACACACAUAGAUACUAUAUAAUCUAUUUAAUUAUGUUGUGGAUCUUCUGCCAUUUUUGGUGUACCCUUCCAGUUCCUUCUGAUCUGUAAAAACCCAGGGGUUGGCUCAGGUGCAAAGAACUGACUGGCCCCUUCAAGGAAGAGGACCUGAGCAACGUUACUGCAGCUGGUGCUGUUUUUGUAUUGUACUACUCAUACUGAAUGAUUUUUUUUCAUUUCUUAUACUUCUGUUGGGUGUGUAAAUAAAGUUUUUUAGUUUAGGCCUUUCUCAUUGUAACGCUCAAACUUUAAUAUGCCACUAGUCAGUUGUUGGACACUAACUGCUUCAUUUGAAUGCCACAACUUUUAUUGCAUAUUUGAGCUUGUACAGUGAAAACGACCCUCAGUAAAACUGAAUAUAUAAA